CGCGCCGGUUGGCCGCGGCUGCCGGGUGUGCUUCCUGUCAUGCUUUCCCGGGCGCGGUUGCAUCAUUGCCGAGCGGGCGGUGCUGAGAUAAGAAGCCCAGAAUAAGUUUGAGACUGCUGUAGUGUAAUCAACAAAGUUCGACACCCUUCCUAUUGGAUGUUACUAUCUUCUUAAAAAAAAUGGUUCAACAAGUUCCAGAAAACAUAAGUUUUCCUAAUGAAGAAGAGAAGAUAUUGGAGCUCUGGAAAAACCUGAAUUGUUUCCAGGAGUGCCUAAAACAAUCAAAGAAUAGACCUAGGUUUAACUUCUAUGAUGGCCCUCCAUUUGCUACUGGCCUUCCACACUAUGGCCAUAUUCUUGCAGGAACCAUUAAAGACAUAGUAACUAGAUUUGCUCAUCAGAGUGGUUUUCAUGUUGACAGAAGAUUUGGCUGGGAUUGUCAUGGCUUACCUGUGGAAUAUGAGAUUGACAAGACCUUGGGCAUUAAAGGGCCGGAGGACGUGGCAAAGAUGGGGAUUAAAGAAUACAACAACCAGUGCAGAGGAAUUGUAAUGAGAUACUCAAAGGAAUGGGAGUUCAAUGUCACAAGAUUGGGACGGUGGAUUGAUUUUAAAAAUGACUAUAAAACUCUCUAUCCUGAAUUCAUGGAGUCUGUCUGGUGGGUUUUCAAACAACUAUAUGACAAAGGGCUGGUGUAUAGAGGUGUUAAGGUCAUGCCUUUUUCAACUGCAUGCAACACUCCACUGUCAAACUUUGAGUCUCAUCAGAAUUACAAGGAUGUUCAAGAUCCGUCAGUGACAGUGAGCUUUCCACUGGAUGAAGAUGCAAGUGUUUCUCUUGUUGCUUGGACCACGACUCCUUGGACCUUGCCCAGUAAUCUGGCCCUUUGUGUUAAUCCAGAGUUGCAAUAUGUAAAAUUGAGAGAUAGUGCCACAGGACAGAUUUACAUUUUGAUGGAAUCCAGGCUGGUAGCACUGUACAAAACUGAAAGUGAAUAUGAAAUACUUGACAGGUUUCCUGGCAUUGCUCUUAAAGGCAAGAAAUAUAAACCACUCUUUGACUAUUUUAUUCAGAGCAAAGAUAAAGGUGCCUUUUCUGUGGUAGUAGACAGUUACGUGAAGGAGGAAGAGGGCACAGGCGUUGUACAUCAGGCUCCCUAUUUUGGUGCUGAUGAUUACAGAGUCUGCAUGGAUUUUAAUAUAAUUCAGAAGGAUUCUGUGCCUGUUUGUCCCGUCGAUGCAUCUGGCUGCUUCACAGCAGAGGUGGCUGACUUUGCUGGACAGUAUGUAAAGGAUGCAGAUAAGAACAUCAUUAAAGUACUGAAAGAGAAAGGCAGACUGGUUCACAGCAGUAGUUUUAAGCACAGCUAUCCUUUCUGCUGGAGGUCUGAUACUCCACUGAUAUACAAAGCUGUGCCAAGCUGGUUUGUAAGAGUGGAACACAUGGUGGAGAAACUGCUGGAAUGUAAUGCCCAAUGCUACUGGGUUCCAGAUUUUGUGCGGGAGAAGCGUUUUGGGAACUGGCUGAAGGAUGCACGAGACUGGGCUAUAUCUAGGAACCGGUACUGGGGAACACCCAUCCCUUUGUGGGUCAGUGAUGAUUUGGAAGAGGUAGUCUGCAUUGGUUCAAUGGCAGAAUUGGAGGAACUGUCUGGAGUGAAAGUCACUGAUCUCCAUCGAGAAAGUAUUGAUCAUAUAACCAUCCCUUCACGCUGUGGCAAGGGCUUGCUGCACCGAGUCCCUGAAGUUUUUGAUUGCUGGUUUGAGAGUGGAAGCAUGCCUUAUGCACAGGUCCAUUAUCCAUUUGAAAACAGAAAAGAACUUGAAGAUGCUUUCCCUGCUGACUUCAUUGCUGAAGGCAUCGACCAGACCCGAGGAUGGUUCUAUACUUUGCUGGUGCUGUCCACUGCUCUUUUUGGAAGGCCUCCUUUUAAGAAUGUAAUUGUGAAUGGCCUUGUUCUUGCCAGUGAUGGACAAAAAAUGAGCAAGAGAAAGAAGAAUUAUCCUGAUCCAAUGAAUAUUGUAAAUAGUUAUGGAGCUGAUGCACUAAGGUUGUACUUGAUCAAUUCUCCUGUGGUAAGAGCAGAAAAUCUGAGAUUUAAGGAAGAAGGAGUGAGGGAUAUACUGAAGGAUGUUUUCCUGCCCUGGUACAAUGCAUAUCGCUUCCUGGUGCAGAAUGUUCAGAUCCUGCAGCAUAAGGAUGAGGGAAGAGAAUUCCUUUACAAUGAGAACACAGUUAAGGAGAGCAAUAACAUCAUGGAUAAAUGGAUUCUUUCUUUCACCCAAUCACUCAUUCAGUUCUUCAAAGCUGAAAUGGCAGCUUACAGGCUGUACACUGUAGUCCCUCGACUGGUGAAGUUUGUUGAUAUUCUGACCAACUGGUAUGUUAGAAUGAAUCGCAGAAGACUGAAGGGUGAGAACGGGACUGAAGACUGCAUUAUGGCCUUGGAAACCUUGUUUAGUGUGCUGUUCUCCAUGUGCAGACUUAUGGCACCCUAUACUCCAUUUAUCACUGAGCUGAUGUACCAGAAUCUGAAGACACUUAUUGAUCCAGCCUCAGUUCAGGAAAAGAAUACUGAAAGCAUCCACUACCUCAUGCUUCCCCAAGUGAGGGAGGAUCUCAUCGACAAAAAAAUUGAAAGUGCCGUUUCUUGUUUGCAGUCUGUUAUUGAGCUUGGACGAGUAAUCAGAGACAGAAAAACUAUUCCAGUCAAGUAUCCCUUGAAAGAAGUAGUUGUUAUCCAUCAGGAUCCAGAGGCUUUAGAAAACAUCAGAUCUUUAGAGAAGUAUGUACUUGAGGAACUUAAUGUCCGCCAGGUGACCCUGUCUACUAACAAAGAUAAGUACGGAGUGCGGCUGAGGGCAGAACCGGAUCACAUGGUGCUCGGGAAGCGUUUGAAGGGUGCGUUUAAGCCUGUCAUGGCUGCAAUCAAAGAGCUGAAGAGUGAGCAGCUGGAGAAAUUCCAGGAGACAGGCACUAUCGUUGUAGAAGGACAUGAACUCCAUGGGGAUGAUCUCCGUCUCAUGUAUACCUUUGAUCAAGUUGCAGGAGGAUCUACUCAGUUUGAGGCACAUUCUGAUGCUCAGGUUUUAGUUUUGCUGGAUGUUACCCCAGACCAGUCCAUGUUGGAUGAAGGAGUUGCCCGAGAAGUGAUCAAUCGCAUCCAGAAGCUACGCAAAAAGCGAAAUCUGGUUCCUACAGAUGAGAUCACAGUGUACUACAGAUCCCAUCCAGAAGGUGACUACCUGGAUACUGUUAUCAAGGAACAUAUGGAUUUCAUUUUUGCCACAAUAAAGGCUGCCCUGAAGCCUUACCCAGUGCCUACCUCAAAAGAAGUUCUCAUCCAGGAAACAGCCCAACUGAAGGGAUCAGAGCUAGAAAUUACACUCGUCAGAGGUGGUUUGCAUCAGUGUGUUGGUCCAGCCUGUGCCUACGUCAACCUCAAAGUUUGUGUUAAUGGGACAGAGCAAGACGGAGUGUUACUGCUGGAAAAUCCAAAAGGAGAUAACACCUUGAACUUCACUGGACUGCUAGAUGCUGUCUCCUGCAUUUUUGGUCUGAAAAAAUCACAACUGACAGUUUUUAAUGGAAAAACAGAGCUGAUAAACAAAACUGACUUGCUUAGUCUCAGCGGAAAGACUCUCCAUGUAACAACAGGGUCAGCACCUGCUCUGAUCAGCUCUCCUGAUGCUCUGCUUUGCCAGUAUAUCAACUUGCAGCUAAUGAAUGCAAAACCACAAGAAUGUCAGAAGGGAACUGUGGGAACUCUUCUGAUGGAAAAUCCUGUUGGUAAAAAUGGAUUAACAUACCAAGGUCUUCUACAUGAAACAGCAAAGGUUUUUGGGCUCAGAAGCAGGAGGCUAAAACUGUUCCUGGACGAAAUGCAGACUCAAGAAAUCACAAAGGACAUCUCCAUGAAGAACUUGAACAUGAAGACUGUGUUUGUUUGUGUUAUACCCACCACAGCUGAAUGUUGAGAAUUCCAUUUUUAUGAAAAAGACCAUUUAGACUCUCUUCCACCAAAAAUAAAAUCAAAUUAAAUUAGUCUGCUUUUAGAUGAGCAUCCAGGUUGUGUAUGGCACUCUUUAACAUCUGGGAUUGCACACAGGAUGUUUUCUACCAGUGCAUGUCUAAUAUGCUGCUCUUUUGGUUUCAAAUACAAUGUAUUUUCAUCAUGUUACGAAACUGUAAAAGCUGUUCAGAAAAGUGUCAGAACUCCUUAACUUUAGAUAUCUAUGCAGAAAAUGCCUGAAAGAAAUGGGACUAGUACCUCAGUGAUGCUGUUCUCUGCCUGUCCUUUUUGCAGAAGGCAUCCUUGAUUUUCUAACACGUGGAUUCCCUACAAGGCUCUGUGACAUACAUACCAGUAGUUGUGGAACUUACCUAAGGGUUAUCCAGGUUUGUUCAUUCGUACUAGUUGGAUUUACAUGAAGUGUGUGGCUGUUGAUUUUACUGCCCCUCUCUAUUUCAACACUUGGAACAAUAAAUUUGCUUUGUCUCCAGACUCUUGUUUCCCUGAGUUCAGAGUACUUUGCUUCCUUACAUUUGCUGAAGAAGAAGAUGGUUAGAAAACUGUAGGUGAGGAUGACCUAGAUACACUUGGAACCUGGCAAGGGCCAUACUGAAUCUGGAUUGUGAUGCUGACAGGUUUGGGGGAUUUUCUUUGGUUGGGGUUUUGAGGGAGGGAUGUUUUGCUUUUGGUUUCACAUUUAAAAGCAGGUUUAACUUGAAAUUAGUUGUUGGAUUAUUUUUAGUUUUUAUAGCAGCUGUUAUAACUUGCCAAAUGUAGUGUUAAUUUGUAUGUCUGUGGGCAAGUGGAAUAACAGGCAACCGUUUCAGUUUGAGGAUGGGUUUUGACUAGUUAACUCAAAUGAGGAACUGAAGCACACUUCAGUUUCAGUUUCAUUUCAAGGUGCCUGCAGCUGCCUUUACUGCUGUGCCUUCAGGAGGUUCAUGAGAAGAGGUUAUGUGCACUGCAAGACAGAACAUAGGCAGAGUACCACUGUGUAAGAAUAACGAGGUCUUUUUCAGCAUGGCUCUCCAUUGCUCUAGGUUUUCAUCUUUUCAGCACGAAUAGAAGCCAAAGCUUUUUUGUGAUGACACUGUAUUAGUGGGAAUGUCUAUAAAUAAAUGUUCUGUGUAACUGCUGUGCUCCAGUGGACCAGACCAAAAUUGUAAGUAGUCAUUUGAAGUAAAUCAAAUCUCUGGCAUUCAGCUUACAUAAAAUUAUUUUUAUCAGUAUUAAAAAUGUCAGUGCCUGAACCUACUGAAUCACUGCCCUGCUCAGUUUAAUGGAUAUUGGACAUUGCCCUCUGGCUUCCCCUGUAAGUCAACUUGCUUAUCUUUAUCUUGAUGUAGUGACAUGGAAAACAGAUUGGUAUUAAGUUGGGUUUGGGUUUUUUUCACAUGAAAAACGUCCAGAUUAUGUCUCUGUGAAAGUAAGAGUGCUGUUCCUAAGCUGAAUAACUUGGCUUUAUUAUUUCUGGAGAAUAAAUGAGGAUGGCAAACGA